CGGUCCGUCUCACUCGCACCACAGCGUCCCUCGCGGCGGUGGCGGUGAGAGACAAAGACAAGGCGUGUUUUUGUUUUCUGACGCCAAGUGCUCGCACUCGCGUUCGCGUUGCAGUUCCAAAUGACGGCGUAAAUUUGUGGUGAAGAUGGCUAGCGAAACGAGUGCUCCAGUACCCGAGGCUGAGGCCGAAGGCUUUUUAACUUCUAUUUUUAACGAAGUCAUCAGCAGCCCCCUGAAUUUAGCUCUAGUCGCUAUUAUCGCUUGGCUUGUGUUCAAAAUAUUCAAGAGUCGGAAUGAAAAGCCAGUGCAAGUGGCCCCAGAACCUCAACUGCCGAAGCUGAGGAAAGAUUUCACCGUCGAAGAACUGAAGAAAUACGACGGGCACGGUUCCGACGGGCGCAUCCUCGUGGCUGUCAACGGCAAAGUCUUCGAUGUCACCAAGGGGAAACGCUUCUACGGCCCAGGUGGCCCAUAUGCAGCUUUUGGUGGUCGAGAUGCAUCAAGAGGCCUUGCAACUUUCAACGUUGCAUGUGAAAAGGAGGGCUACGAUGACUUGAGUGAUCUCAACCCACAAGAAAUGGAAUCUGUGCGUGAAUGGGAAAUGCAGUUCACUGAGAAAUACGAUUAUGUUGGCCGUCUUUUGCAAGAUGGGGAGCAGCCAACCAACUAUUCUGAUGAGGAAGAUGACAAAGACAAGUAAAUUUUCUGUUGUUGUAUUUACCUGGGUAUAAGGCAAGCGAUCAAUAGUCCCUUGGAUUGUAAUUCUUUUCAAAUUGUUUUUGUGCGGCUUGAAAUUUUUUCAGGGGUUCAAAUGGUAGUGGUUGCUUAUUAUUUCUUUGAUAAUGUUAACUGUUGCGUAGUAUGCAGCCACCUCAUGUGGAAUCCUCUCUUAUAUACAUUGUUGCUUAUCCAACCAGUUUAAACUUCACUUCUAACACAACGGGACUUACUUAUUUCCUCUGUUCGGAUAAUUUGUGAUUGUCCACUCCAUUAGUAAGACACAUUAGUUGUGAUAUUUUUGUUGCCAGGUGUUUUAAAUUCCCAGGUUCUUUGUUUAUCAACCUUAUCCUUAUCUGUACCUUUCAUCUGUCUUCAUCCUAAUUUUUUUAGUUAUCCACUAAAAGGCUGCUAUUUCAUUCCACCUUUAAUGGAAUCCAGAAUUUGUUUUGCAGAUUCCAACAGACCAAUACUGUGUGUGUCCGUAGUGCUUUCUGGUUUUGUGCCAAGUUUUGCCUACCCUUUUGUAAUUUUUUUUUGUUUGUUUCAAAUGUAUUUUAGUCUUUGAUGAAUUUCUGUUCAUUCUUGUCUUGCUGAACACUUUCGUGGGUACUGACAUUUUCCAUUUCUAAUUUCUCUCUCAUUUCCAAUACAUAAUUUUGUAAUUUCCAACUUUCUUUGUUUUUCUUGAAGAGGGUUUGGUGUUUAUUGUAAACCAGCCUAAAUCUCAUUCAAAUUUUUUUCUGCCAUGGCUGUGAUAGUAGACUUGGAUGAAGAAAAUGUAAAUAGUCAUUUCUUGUUCAGAAUGAGUACUAUUUCUGAUGCUUAUAAAUGUUUCUAAAUUUUUUGUGUAUAUGGAGUUGGGAUGGAAUCCCGUAUCUUCUCAGUCUCUUUCUAAUUUCUGUGAUUGUGGUGGGAUGGAUUGUGGUCACCCACACUGUCUGAAGUUUUUGACAUUCAACAAAGGUAAUCAUUUGAGCUCGCAGUGCUGAGAGUGAUAAAAAGGGAAUGUAUUCACUGCCUUAUAUUCAUGUGUAAAUGCAGUAUUCUACCAUUUGUACCUUUCCAUGAUGAUAAAUUAUGGUCCUGCUACCUUCAACUACAUAUUUCAGCAGAGGAUGGUCUAAAAAUUUUAAACUCAAAUAGUCAUAGGUAUCCCGUUAUUUUAUUUUGUUUACAUUGGAGACACCCUCUGCAGCUUGGCAAAUGUCACUUUUUAAUGGUAAAGGGAUAGUUUUUAAAUGAUAGCUUGUGCUUUUGCUACUGACUAGUUUGUAAUGCAGUUAGAUUGUUUUGGCUAGGGUGGUUUGAUUUUUAUUGUAUUAUGCAUAAGAGAAUCAAUUUAAAAUAAGUGGUCUUGCAGUACUUACCUAUGAUAAUGUUUUACCCCAAGAACUUCUCCCUCAAUUCAUUGCCAUAGCUUCUAAAUCUUUUCUUGUCUUAUUUUACUAAUGAGCAAAAUGGACUUGUAGUUUUGGAAGGUAAUUAAUUUUUCAGGAGACUUUUAUUUUCAUGAAUUAUUGCAAGGACAGCUGAUUUGCGGUUGAUUAUUGCCAUCCCCUUCCUGUUCUUGUAUCCAAUAUUAUUGUACCUUAUCUUACAUGUAUAAGAAACUUUUCUAUUGUAAAAGUUAAUGAGCAAAGUUUGUUAAACCUUUUUUUUUUUGACGAGUAUUUUUGGCCAGGCUCUUUGUAUGCCAAGGAAGGGGGUUUAAUAUUUUGUUAUUGUAAUUGAUUAAUUGAUGCCAUUUUUGACCUAUCUGUUUGUGAUCAACUUAAUGUGGUCUCAUUAUUUGAAAAUAAAUCUUCAACAAUUUUAUAUUUUAA